AUGUAUUUUUUUAGAAAAAAUGAAAUUCAUGUUGAAUUAUUAAGAGUAAGUAUGAUAGAAUCAGUAAUACCACAAGAAAUGUAUCUCCCAAAUGAUAAGUAUAAAGGAAUUAAAUAUCCUUGUUUUAAUAGAAAUAUUUCAUUACCACAACAAAAUGAGAACAAAUUUAUUUUAGACAAUAUUCUUUUAUAUACUUCAAGUGAUGAAGAAUUUGGUUAUUCAUUUUUAUAUAUAAAAUAUAAUAAAAUAAUAUAUGAAAGAUUGCCAUUUGAAGGUUUUGUCCUAACAAAAGAACAUCUUCUUUUAAUUGAUACAAAAUUUGAUACAGAAACAGUUAUUCCUGCCUCCUCUUUAAUGAUUGAUGGGGCUAUUGAUAAUAACAAACUUGGUAAAGAUAUUUUGUUAUAUAACUCUGGUAAUAAAAUAAAUAAUAUUUUUUCAAAUCACUCAGAAGGAGAUAUGUCAUUUGUACCAUUGAUUUUUUCAUUUAUUUUUUUAUGUCUUUAUAUUGGUAUGAUUAUAUAUUUUAUUUAUUUUUGUAGGCAAAGAGGAAAAAAAAUGGAAAAGUUUAGAGUUGCUUCUACUAUUAUUGAAAAAGAAUGGAUAGCAAAAACUUUAUCAGAAAUUGAUGAAAAUGAUAAAACUUUCUUGACAGAAACAAAUUACUAA